AUGAGCGUCAGCAAUUGGAUUGUGCUCAUCAUUGAGCUACUGGGCGUUGGACUUGCAGUCACCAUCUCAAUGAAACAAUACAUAUCAUUCAAGAAGACUCCAUUCUACGCCCUGUUCACCGCAUGGCUAGGAUGGUACCUUUGUUUCAACAUUGUAUUCCUAGUGCCAAUCGAUAUUUUAGCAUCACGCCACAAUGAUUGUAUAGAUAAGAUUAAUAAUAGUACAGCAUGUAAGAAUGCCACAGUGGUAUUGCCUGAAUGCAACACAUCUCAGAUGUGUCCAGAGCCAAUAAGUUAUUUGCCAGACUCUGUCAUGGUGGUACAAUGGAGUGUGCUGUAUUGGGGCACAUUCAUCCUGUCAUGGGUGAUCUUCCCCGUGCUGCAGACCUACUCGGGUACGGGCGACUUCCGUUUCCGCGAGCGUAUAAUGCGAUCGAUCAAGGAGAACAUCAUUCUCUACUCGUUCAUGGGCAUCUUUGGUCUGGUCAUCGGCAUCGUCAUUCUAAUCUUCUUCCGCGACAAACCGCUGACGGCACUGGUCGAGGCGCUGUUCACACUGAUCAAUGUCUAUGGUCUGGUGCUCGUGGUCAUCACAAUGGGCUUUGGCCUGGUCGACGUGCCCAGGAACUUGCUGCGCAAGUCCAAUCACUACCGCACACUUCGACAUUAUAGGAUCCAGGCGGUCGUCCUCAAGUCCGAGCUGGACGAGGCACAAAGACUACUUGAGGAGCACCUCAGACUGAUCAAGGCCACCUCUGACAAGGCUGGCGAGUUUGAUCCAUUCAGAAGAUACUUGGACAUCAUCAUAUCAAAGUGUCCUUUGGAGUUUGACACAAUCGACACUGAUGAUAUACAGGUGCCUGAUCUCACCUACUCAAAGGUGGUGGAGAUGCACGCCAAUCUAAUGGACUAUACACAUAUGGCUGAGAGAUCAGACGCCAUGUACACCAGACUGCUGGGCAAGGCAUUCGCUGCAGAGGACAUCAUUGCAACAUUGGAAUCACCCAAGGAGAACAGGGAGAAGAGGAUCAAAUGGAGCUUCAAGAAUGGCAGCACCAGCCCAAGUAAGGCCAAAUGGGAGUACUAUUGGCACCUCUACAUCUAUCCCAACUUCUACAAGGUGGUCGGCGCAUUCUGUGCCAUCAUGUCCCUCUUGGUCGUAUGGGCUGAGGUCUCCCUAUCAUUCGGUUCACGUGUCAAGAGCGUGUCUCCAUUCGCUUUGGUAAUUUACAGUACCAGUGCAUCUCUAAGUGGAUUUGGACUUCAAAUCUUCUGUUUCAUACCAUUGCUCUACAUGGCAAUCUGUGCAUACACUACACUAUUCAAGAUACGUAUAUUCAACUACUACCGACUGGUACCACAACAACAGACAAACUCGCUCAGUAUCAUGUUCAGCUCAAACUACCUUGGUCGUUUGGCAGCACCAUUGUCAUUCAACUUCAUCCAGAUAUGUGGAAUGAAUGACAGCUCAUUCUCUGCGGCAAUGGGUGACACGGACGCAUUCGCAUUGAAGAACUUCAACUUGUACUUCCCAAUCAUUGUUGGCGUUGUCUGUAUCAUAUCACUGUUCUCCAUUCAUACAAGAGUCGCCAGCAUGUGCUGCAUCAAGAGUCUGCGCGUCGUCACCGACACUAGUGAGGCGGCCGCCGAGAAGGGCGUCAAGAUAUUGAAGCAGGUCAGAGAUGCUCAGGUGGAGGGUGUGCCACCACCCAAGACGCGUAUGGGCGUACUGAAGGACUUUAUCACUGGCAAGGGCUCCAAGAAGAAGAGCACGGCCACCGAUGGUGCCACAGACACACGUCCACAACCACAACGUCCCGUCUACAAGGCGCCACAACAAAAGAGCACCGUCAUGAUGGGUCUGUCGAGGGACUACACCUCCAAGAAUGGAACAACGUUCAAAUCAGUCAAGACGAACGAGGCCAACAAUGCCAUACUGACGUCGGACACUCGUUCAUCCGAUGCUCGUCUAGAGUCCAAAGGACUGAACUAUUGGGACAAACUCAAGUUCAAGUAUGACUCUGAUGAUGACGAUGACAUUGAAAUGGGUAAAUUCUAA